UGACAUUUCCACUUUUGUAGUUCUGCAUUUGCUGUCCUUAGGCCAAACAUGGUGUUCUUUAUAACUGCCUUCUCAUCACUCACCAUCCAAAUUCUCUCAUGCCUGAAAUUCAUGCUUUUCACAUUUCUAAUUUUUUAUUUUUGGCCAAACACCACUUCUAAUUAUUACUUUCAUUCUAUAAUAAUCGGUUUUUUUUUUCCGCCGAAAGAAGCCACAACUCAAAUCAAUUAAAGGUAUCUUUCUUUUUAUUUUAGGUACAUACUUAUAUCUCAACCCUCUUUGAUAAACACCGUUAUUAAAUGGAGGAUGAUCAAGGAGAAGAGCGUUCUAGGGAUCGGAUUAGUGAGUUGCCAGAUGAAAUUCUAUUUACAAUUCUUUCCUUUUUGACCCUUAAGGAGGUAGCAAGCAUAUGUUUUCUUUCCAAGAGGUUGAAAAGUUUGUGGCCAAACAUUGUUACUUUGAAUUUUGAUGCUUCAGAUGCAUUAUGCGAGCUUCAGAGGAAUGGCAGUUUGAGGAAAAAGAAGAGGUCUUGGUACAUAGGCUGGGUGAACCACAUCCUGGAGUUGUACAAAGGUUCUACUUUAAAUGAAUUUAGAGUUUGUUUCGACUUGGAUUGGACUUGUAGGCAUGAUAUUGAUAGUUGGUUUCAUUUUGCAAUAUCGAAGAGAGUUCGAAAUCUUGAGUUGGACUUUGAAGAAGUGGCAGAGAAAACUUGGCCACCAGGUUUAAGAUCCUAUUCGUUAACUAAAGGUUGUUACGACUACAUUAGAACUCCUCAUGGUUUAUCCUGCAUUGGGUUGUUGACUUCUUUAUGUUUGAGAUUUGUAAAGGUAAGUGGUGAGGUUCUCGAGCACUUCCUUUCUCAUAGUCCUCUUCUUGAAAAGUUAGUUGUGGAGUGGUCAAAAAAUUUAGUGUCUCUUAAAGUUGCUAAAGUUGCUAGUUCAUCACCUUUGCGGUUGAGAUACUUGGAAAUACGGUCUUGCCUUGCGUUGAAAAAUCUUGAGAUUUCUACACCCAAUUUAUGGUCCUUUAGGUAUUAUGGACAAAAGGUGGCAUUACACAUUGAAAAUGCUCCCCUCCUGGCCAAUGUGCUUAUAGGUGGGAACUUAGAUGAUCAACCAGGUUUUGCCUUUUGCCCUCUCUCGAGCUAUCUUUGUCAGCUACAUACCCUAACAUUGGAGAUGAGUGCUUACAAUAUGACAUUUCCAAAUUUCCCUCAAUUGGCAAAUCUUAGGCACUUAGUAGUAAGUGUGUAUGGUGGAUAUGAUGACAAUCUUCUUGUCUUGACUUCUUUGAUUGAUGCAUCUCCUUCCUUGAACAAACUCUCAUUGGAGUUAAAAAUUUGGAGAUCUUCUACAUACAAUCAUGCAAAUAGUUCUUGUAAUGUUACUGGAAAACCCAUCCCAAGUCUUAAAGUGGUGGAGGUGGUAGGCUUUAGAGGUUUUAAAAUUGAUGUAGACUUUGUUACAUAUGUUCUUGAGCAUGGAAAAAUGAUUGAGAAGAUUACUAUUAAUUGUUGCCAUCCAAGUUGGAUUGGGCAAAUAUGGGAGUGUGAAUCAAUCAAAGAAAGAGAUAAGGCAAGAAAGCAUGCUCUACAACUCAAGAUUGGAAACUUACCUCAGCGCCUUUCUUUUCGAUUGCUCUCUUCAGUUCGUUAAAGAGUGCUAUGCCACUCGUGUCUAUGGCGCUUACAGCUGAGAAAAAAUGGAUAGAAAGCAUCUUCGUUAUGGAGCUUGUUGAAAACAAGCCAUCAUGAGCAGCAGCAUUGCUAA